AUGCGCAAAUUUCCUGCUGAGUUCGCAUCGCAGCCUUCCAAGAAGACCGUCAUUAUCACCGGGCUGGGACUCGCCACAGCGAAAGAGCUUGUCAUGAGCGGAGAGUGGCGAGUCAUCAUGGCUUGCCGUGACUACGUCAAGGCAGAGCGUGUUGCCAAAGAGAACGACUUUCCGGAGGACAGCUACAUUGUACAGCACCUUGACCUUGCGGCGAACAACAGCGUCCGCCAGUUUGUCCGCACAUUCCGGACUUUAAAUAUCCCGCUUGAUGCGCUAGUAUGCAACGCUGCAAUCUACUUCCCAAAUGCUCACAAAGAGGGAGCCUUCCUUCCAGGACUCUUCCCAGGGGGUGGUCCAAGAUGGUCGGCAGACGGCCAUGAAUUGAGCUUUGCAUCAAACUACUUGGGCCACUUCCUCCUGUGCAAUCUCUUACUUGAAGACCUGCAAAAGAGCACGAUGAAGCCGGCGCGUUGCAUCAUAUUGGGGACUGUGACUGCCAGCAUUAAUGACAAGGAGGUCGGUGGCAUGAUCCCACCUGUCGCGGACCUCGGUGGGCUUGAAGGCCUAGAGUCUGGAAUGAAGAAGCCGGUCACAAUGAUUGACGGCGGACGUUUCAACGGAGCCAAGGCGUACAAGGACAGCAAGGUUUGUGAUGUCAUGCUGAUGAGGGAGCUCCACAAGAGGUUCCACGAAAAGACAGGUGUGUGCUUUGCCUCUCUCUACCCAGGUUGCAUCGCUGAGACCAAUCUCUUCCGAGAGCACUAUCCGGUUUUCAGGUUUUUGUUUCCCAUCCUGCAGAAGGAGGUGACCAACGCGUAUGUCAGUGAAGGGGAAGCAGGAAGAAGGUUGGCAAAGUGUGUGGCCGACCCUGCCUACGCUCAGUCAGGUGUGUAUUUCAGCUGGGGUGGCGAGUCUGGAACCGGUGGAGCAGGAGGAACCGAUGCAGUGGAGAAUGUGGGCGCUAGCAACGACAAGUUCCUGCAGUACGGCAGUUUCCGGACUCUGAAGGAGAACGAAAUUGGUGGACAAGCUGCCGACGAAGAGAGGUGUAGGAGGCUGUGGAGCCUCAGCGAGAAACUAGUUGGUUACCGCUGCAAGUCGUACUGUGGCUCAAGAGAUGGAGGGGUUCGCUGUGGCCCCCGUAAGUUCAUUGGCCAGAGCGGGAAGACGGCCCGAGGCUCAAGCCAAGCCACGGAGACGCGUGACGGCUUCGACCUGUACUACGAGGAGCAUGGCAGCCCCGAUGGAAUACCAGUUGUGUUUUUGCAUGGGGGCCCUGGUGCCGGCUGCUCUCGACGCAUGGCACAGCUAUUCGACCCUGAGAAGUAUCGGGUGAUCCUCUUCGACCAGCGAGGUUGCGGCAAGAGUUCACGCAAGGACUCGGCCAAUGCAGAGGAUCAGCUUGAGGGCAACACAACUUGGCAUCUAGUCGAGGAUCUCGAGGUUCUAAGGGCUCAUUUGAAGAUCGACCGCUGGGUGGUGUGUGGAGGUUCUUGGGGAACUUGCCUCGCCCUCGCGUAUGCCUCCAAACAUCCUGCCUGCGUCCUUGGCAUGGUGCUGCGCGCUGUUUUCCUCUUCCGCAAUGAGGAGCUUGAGUACUUCUGCGGUCCGAAAGGCGGUGCGAGAUCUUUGGCACGAGGUGCUUGGGACAGUUUUGCGGGAUGGCUUCCAUGGGCAGAGACGCGCUCUGCCCGUGCCAUUGCGGCCGCCUUUCGUCGAGCUGCCCUGGGCGAGGAUGCGUCCGUCUCACCGACCGAUGCCCUCUCAAAGUGGCGAGCUUGGGAGAACAAUCUUUUUGCGCAGCGGGCCAAGAAUUUGAAGCUGCAGCCUUCAAAGUUGUCGUCAGACUUGCCGGAAGCGAAUCUACCGGCAAAACCGUGGCCAAAGCCAGGUAAGUUCAAUGUACAGGCCUUGCUUACGCUGCAUUACGUCGCCGAGCGAGGAUUCUUUCCUGAAGGCAGUGAGUUGCUUGACUCAGCUGCGGCCUUUGCUUUUCCGUUGAAGCUUGUCCACGGCCAGAACGAUUGCAUAUGUCCAGCAGUCAAUGCAGAGGACCUUGCAAGGGCAGUUGGUCCUAGUGCUGAGUUGUUACUUACAGACGGUGGCCAUUCACAGUGGGAUGCAGGGAACAUAGAUGCGUUUGUUCGUGCCACUGAUCAGGUGGCGGCUACCCGUCGUCGAUAUCUUUAUCACUUAUCAUUGGGUUUGCACCUAUGGCACGUACUCAUCUGGAUCCUAUGUGAGACUUGCUGCCAAGUGCAAACUUCAGAGAUGACCAGGAGUCGUGUCGUGGAGGCAACGGAAGGCCAAACCGAAGGCCACGAGCUCAAGAGCAGGAAGCGCAGACGCCAAGCCGCCCGACAGUCGCAGGAAGAGGAGACGGACGUCUUCGUUAACGUCGGCAUCCAAGUCGAACACGGAGUUGCUAUGGUGCCUGGAGCUGGAGCGAAGCUCACCGCGCACACUUAUGUCACGAAGGUUGGAGCCUUUCAAGACUCUCGGCAGGCAGAGAUCGACCGUGGGCUCUGUGACAAAGAGUUUCGGUCCUGGGUGAAGAACUUCAUGGAGCCGCGUGUGGUCUAUCCAACUGGUGAUACGAGCAGCUUCUACCGAACCCCAGUGCCUGGCGAGCCUGUGACCAUCACUGGUCUGCGGCGUCGCAUCGAGCUGAAUGGGGCUCGUGCAGAGAUCUUGAGCAACCAGCAGGAUGAGUUUGGCCGCUUGCGCGUUCGCCUCCACACAGCUGACCAGCGGAUCAUGAAGAUCCAGCCUUGCAGGCUCAUGCCGGAUUGGCCGCCAACGCAGGCUCGGUUGGCAAGUACAGAGACCUCUGUUUCGGCACCCGCCCUGAGGCUUGCCAUUGCUUUGAUGGUUGGCACGGACCUUGCGAGGGGAUUUGCGACGCCACACGACACGCAUGGCGCAGAGCGCAAUGAGCCCGUGUUGAAGCCCGUGUGUUUCUACGGGCUUGCCCCUGAGUGCUGCGCCAGCCGUGAGCAAGCGAUGCUCGUGUCCGGAGCCAGAGGUGGAAUUUUCACUUCAUCGGCUCCUGGUUCCACCGGCUCGGCUGGUGCUUCUUCAUCUGCACUGGCGGCCUCUGGCAGUAGCAUCUUCACGGCCAGCAGUGGCAGCAGUGGCGGGAUCUUCUCGCUUUCUGCCUCGAGUGGUGGAGCGGCUGGUGCCACGAGCGCUGCGUCGAGUGGUAGCAUCUUUGGGACCGGAGCCGGCACCUUCGGUUCCGCCGGCAGCAUCUUCGGACAGGUCCUGGUGCCGCGCGGCGCCGGCGGCGCUGAGGCAUCGGACAUCGAAAACACAUGGGGAAAACGGCCGUCCAUGACGAAGCUUGCCAUGGUGCACUCGACCGAGCAGCUGUUGGCACUGUUCAGCGAUGAUGAAGAUGCCUUCGGUGUAAGAGGCCGCAGCCCCUCGCCCGGGGAUGGGCGCAACGAGCGCCGUCGGGAUGAUGACAGAGGUCCGAAGGGUGGUGGCUCGAAGGGCGGAGAUCGAUCCGGCCGUCAAGACCGGAGGCGCACGACUGGUCGAGAAAUUCCGAAGCUUUAUUCCAUUCACAAGGGCACCGUGGCUCGAGUGCAAGACUACGGUGCCUUUGUGCGGCUUGGAGACGGCUCGCGGUACAAGGCACCAAAAGUCCUUGCCAUUCUCCGUGUCGAGGCUAUCCUGUACAUCGAGGACAGCCUUCGCUGGCUCCACAGCUGUCCAUCGAGGCAUCCAAACAUCGUGGCUUGCAAGCAGACAGCUGUGCAUGCUAUUGGCUGCGACCUGUGCUUACAUCGCCAAGAAGAACAGCACCCGGACCAUGAUGCUUGCUCAAGGAGCGGCCUUUAUGAGACAUGGAACCUUUGUGGCCUCACCGGUGAGCUUGUGAAGCCAGCCGCUCUGGAGCCGCACGAGGUGAUGGAGGCCAGUCAUGAUCGGGGCUCCUUUCAGCUUGGUCCUGUGGAGGGUGGCCUCUCUGCGCUCAAGGCUUUCACCAACAGACUUGCCAAUCUCAAAAACAAGCGAGGGAAGUUGGUGAAUGAGCUCGAGCUGGCACAGAAGAAGCUUGCUUUAAGCCAUGCCUCCGCUGAAGAGAUGCGGCGAACCCUUGAGGAAGAAGUGGAGAACGAGCGGCAAGCAAAGCUGCUCAUAAGCAGGCAGUUCAUUCAGGCAACAUCCAGCUAUGAGAAGCUGAGCGAUCUGUUAGAGUUUGAACAGAUGAAGUCGUCGGAACAGUACAAGGACUUGCAGGCAAGGUUGCAGAAAGCCAUUAUUGAACACGGGAAGUCCCAAUGUGCUGCCGAUGAGUUCCAAAAGAAGAUCGUGAAGCUGGACAAGCAGUGUCAGCAGCUGCAGCAAGAAAACGACCAGUUGAAGCUCCAACUUCUGAAGGCAGACAAUGUCAAUGAUGCUUUGAAGAAGCAAAUUGCAAAGCAGGACACCUUGAUUGAAGAGCUGAUGACUCUUCAACACGCAUCACAGGAAGAGAGCCUUCAACUUCGGAAGGAGAACAGAAUGUUGAAGAAGCGGCUUGAAGUGGCCGAGAGGUCGCUGGCGCUUCUGCUGGACCCAGCCGAUGGUUACGCCUCGGCCAUGUAG